AUGUCCCCAGAACCUAAGAUGUACAUAUCAGUAAGGGGAGCUCAGAUUUGCCAUUUCAAGACACUCACACAUAAGCCUUGUCUCAGUUCAGUGGAUACUCUGCCAAUGUGGCUGACAGAAAAAGCACCCACACCACCAGAUGAUGACCAUCUGUUGCCAACAGAUACCUCUGAAGUCCAAGGCAUCAAUCCUCCUAAUUCACAAUUAACAAGCAGCCCAUCAGAGUCUCAGACACAGCUACUAGACCAAGCGGUCUUUGCACUUACUCAAGAUAAGCUGAAAGAUUGGAUCAAGUACCACAACUUACCAUUUGCUGGAUCAAAGAAAUUGAAAGAAGAUCUCAUUGAUCUCAUUGCUACCUCAGGAGGAGACAGUACCCGCACAAGGAGAGCAUUGAUGAAAUAA